AUGUCGUCUACUACUAUGAAAGCCGUGAACUACCAAGGACCUUACAAGGUAAAGGUUUCCGAUGUAUCGAUGCCUCGAAUCCAGCACCCUGACGAUGUCAUUGUCAAAGUCACCACACGCAGAAUGCUAACAUUCAAAGGGCACGAAAACAUGGGAAUCAUUGAGGAGCUUGGAAGUGGCGUUACGCUCUUGAAAAAGGGUGAUCGCGUAGUCAUGCCUUUCAACGUUGCUGAUGGUCGGUGUCAUAACUGUGAGGAGGGACGAACUGCCUUCUGCACAGGUGUGAAUCCAGGCUUUGCCGGCGGUGCCUAUGGUAAGUCACCAGACAUGGAGCAGAUCCAGAUACAAUCUGACAAUCGGUCAGGAUACGUUGCCAUGGGUCCUUACCCUGGAGGUCAGGCACAAUACCUCAGAGUACCCUAUGCAGACUUCAAUGCGUUGAAGCUGCCCCCGGCAAAGAAUAUCUUCCCCACGGGCUGGCAUGGUAUUGAACUAUCUGGCUUCAGGCCUGGUGAGACUGUUGCUGUUUUUGGAGCUGGGCCGGUCGGUUUGAUGGCCGCAUACUCAGCAGUUUUGCGCGGUGCCUCUAAAGUCUUUGUUGUCGAUCGUGUCGUCGAGCGCCUUCGUUCUGCCGAGAAGAUUGGAUGCACAUCUGUUGAUUUCACAAAAGGCGAUGCUGUUGAGCAAAUCAAAGAUCUGAACGGCGGAGAAGUUGACCGCUCAGUCGAUGCAGUAGGCUACCAAGCUGUCAGCGCUGGCGGCAACACAGAGCAGCCCAACAUUGUACUCGAGAACAUGAUUAAGGUUACGCGCGCUUGCGGUGGACUUGGCAUCCCGGGACUUUACGUGCCAAGUGACCCAGGUGCGUCCGAUGACGCGUCGGCAAAGGGCAUGAUCAGUCUAAGCUUCGGUAAACUUUUCGAGAAAGGCCUAUCUAUCGGGACAGGACAAUGCAACGUUAAGGCUUACAACAGAUACCUGCGCGAUCUGAUCAUCGCAGGCAAGGCCAAGCCAAGUUUCGUAGUUUCUCAUCAGAUCAACAUCGACGACGCAGAGAUUGCAUAUGAGAAGUUUGACAAGAGAAUUGAUGGUUAUACGAAGGUUCUUAUCCAUCCUAACGGUGGAUUCUAG